GAUCUGGAAACCCGGGCCUAAGAUAAGUUGAAACUCCCUUUCUUCUUCAUCACCAAGCAAAGUCAGAGAUCCCAGAUCAUAUCAGAUCAUCUACCUGUUCCAUUUUUCACCAAAUCAAACAGUGACCUUUUCAAAACCCUAAAUCUCUGCAUUAUGAGCUCUCCACCCAUUCUCGGAGGCGCGAGCUUGUUUACAGGGUUCACGAAGCUAUGCAAAGGUCUCGCGGUGGUUCUCGUCGCUGGUCACAUUGUUGUUCAGAUUUUCCCCUCCGCUGUUAACUAUCUUGCUCUUAUUCCUGCCAGGACGAUUCCUUUUGCAUGGAACCUCUUAACAGCUGGUUACAUCGAACAAUCGAUAUAUGGAGUGGUUGCAAGCACUUUAUGCCUCCUCGUCAUGGGAAGGCUUCUUGAGCCAGUAUGGGGUUCUAAGGAGUUCUUAAAGUUCAUUUUCAUAGUCAACUUUCUUACCUCUGUCUGUGUUUUCAUUACUGCUAUUAGCCUGUACUACAUAACGAGGCAGGAAAAUUACCUUUAUAUGCCCAUUUCUGGCUUCCAAGGGAUCCUGGCAGGUUUCUUGGUUGGUACCAAGCAAAUUAUACCUGACCAAGAGCUGUCUCUAUUAAGAUUAAAGGCAAAGUGGUUUCCGUCUCUUAUGCUCUUGAUAGCUAUUGUUGUAAGCUUCUUUACUGCAGAGUCAGCAAAAUAUCUUCCAACCAUAAUAUUUGGCACUUAUAUGAGCUGGAUUUACUUGAGAUACUUUCAUAGGAAACCAGAAACAAAACUAAGGGGUGAUCCAAGUGAUGAUUUUGCAUUCUCAUCCUUCUUCCCUGAAUUCCUCAGGCCAGUCAUUGAUCCUAUUGCAUCAAUAUUCCAUCGGAUGCUUUGUGGUAGAUUUGAAACUUCUACUGAAGCCCACGGUUACACCUUGGGAGGUGCUCCAUUGCCUGGUUCUGAUCCCAUCGAGGCAUCUAGGAGGAGAGAAAGAGGAGCUAGAGCACUGGAAGAGAGAUUGACAGCUGAGAGGUUGGCCACUGCACGGAGUGCUGAAGAGUUGAAAAAGGAUGUCUCAGAGAAUGUUUGAUUGCUCGACUUCACUUUCAAACAAAAACAACAAAUGCGAAAUUGUAUCUUUUAUGACCACUUCAGAGUUUGUGCAGUACUUGGAAAGAAGUCUUUUUGGUUGGUUUCCGUAUUACAGUUUCUUCAUGCA